GAGAGAGAGAGAGAGAGAGAGAGAGAGAGAGAGAACCGUGACUCUUGAUGCACUUGUGCUGUGACCGGGUGGACCGUUAUUAUUGUCACAGUGCGCGGAGCCAAUACAACCGUCAGAGCAUUUUGUAGGGAUUAAGGAUAAACUCACCCAGCCAAAAUGUCGAAGGUGGAAGGAGGAAUGAAAUGUGUGAAAUACCUUUUGUUCGUGUUCAACUUUAUAUUCUGGUUGAUGGGAUCAUUUGUUCUGGCAGUGGGACUGUGGCUGCGUUUUGACCCAGAAACUGUUUCACUUCUCAAUGGUGAUAAGGCUCCAGACACUUUCUUCAUCGGUGUGUAUAUCCUGAUAGGUGCUGGCAGUCUGGUGAUGUUGGUUGGUUUCUUUGGCUGCUGUGGAGCUGUUCGGGAAUCUCAAUGCCUGCUGGGUUCAUUCUUUGCCUGUCUGUUGAUCAUCUUUGGUGCGGAGGUGGCGGCAGGGGUGUUUGGAUUCCUAAACAAAGACAAGAUUAUCAAAGAUGUUCAGACCUUCUACACAACAAACUACAAGGAAAACAAUAACGGCACAUUGAUCAUCUCGUAUCAGAAAGUACUGAACUGUUGUGGAACCAUAGAAAGCCCCUGUCUUGAUCCUGCAAUAGAUACUAGGGACUGUGAGACAAGCAUCAAGGAGUUCUUCAACAGUAAACUCUACAUCAUUGGAUACGUGGGCAUCGGCAUUGCUGGAGUCAUGAUCAUUGGGAUGAUCUUCAGUAUGGUACUCUGUUGUGCCAUCCGCAACAGCAGGGAGGUCAUCUAAGCUUGAGCCUUGACCUCUGCCCCUCCUGUACCCAGCCCCGAAAGACUGUACAGCCUUCAGGUCAAAUGUCAACCUCUGUCCAUCCAGGGACCCAGGCAGGAAAUAGACAAAACAAAAUCCUUUCCACUAUGGUGCUCAAACCGGCUCUUUCUUUCUUUCUUUGCAGCAAAGUAGCAUGCUCUACCUUUCAUAACAUUCUGAUAAGACUCAGUCCACAUAUCCAGUGGGAACAGUACGAUUUCUAAUGUUGACCUGACAAUCUGUCAAAUAGUUGUUUUCUCAUGGCCAUUUGGCUACUAUUAUACAUUUUAGCCCACAUACUGUCGCAGUAGUGUCAAUGCUUUUUCACACAGCCUUGACACUGAUCCCUUGGCUGUGGGAAAUUUUAGCCCCGAGAGAGCAAUCUGAGGUGAAAGCAGCGGAGUUUGCUUAUCUGUGCAUACAGAUGAACACACACAUGAACGUGCACAGACACACAAGCACAUCAAUGUUAUGUAAUGUGAGACCACAGCCAGCCUUAGAAAAGGUUGUCUGGAAUCUCGUAGGCAAGGGACUCCUGAUUGGUGGAACAAGAGUGAGGUGUCAAGAGUGGCCAGUGAAUGUUUUGGGAAUGCAUCCAUCAUGCAGCACCAGCGCUCUUACUCACACACACAGUAUACACACACUCUAUACACUGUACAAUCAGCACAGGUUGUUCUCUACAAGAAAAAUCUUAUCUUAUCUUAAAGGAAUAGUUCAACAUUUUGGGGAAUACUUUGACUUUCUUGCCGAGAAUUAGAUUAUCUGAUUGAUAGCACCACCACAGCUGGUUAGCUUAGUUAACACAAAGACUGGAAAAAGGAGGAAACAGCUAGUCUGGCUCUGUCUUUAUGCUAAACUAAGGUAAAAUAACCGGCUGUAGCUUCAUAUUUAGUUUACACACAUGAGAAUGGUAUCAAUAUUCUCAUUUUACUCUUGGCAUGGAAGUGAAUUAGUAUAUUUCAUAACUAUUAAUUUAAAGCAAAUAUAGGAGUACCCACAUUGUAGUCCAUUUACAACAAAUCAUGCAUACUUUAUACAAUACUUAUACUUUAACAAUAUACUUUAACAAUGCCAGUAUGUGGCUGAUUAAACAACUUGCAAGUGUCAAGAGUCUUCUCCAACAGAAAAUAAUUUAAAAAGCUGCCUGCAGCGGUAGGAAAACGUAAAUCCAAAAAUCUAAUGCACACACCAGCUGAACUAAAAACCAAAUUCCCUCAUCCCAAAGGAAAA